GUCAAGUAAUAGUAACGCUACGUCACGUUUUCGUCGAUGAUUUUUGACGAGCGAUUCUCCAGAGAUCGAUGGUAAUUUCACGUACUGUUAUUAUCGUGGAACAGUAACGUGACAUUUUAUACAAUAGUGGUCGGUGUUCCUUGGCACCUUACAGUUAACGAUUAUCGGGCGCGUAACGUUACAGUCCAACAUUUUUUCCAGUUGGUUUGGGAGAUUCUCCUUUGUCAAAGCCUUUUAUCAUGGGAGUGAUUUGAGCGGUUCUCUAUCAGCCUAUGGAGUUUUCGACCUGUCGUCACGGUCGAAAUAAGAUUAUAAUCUUAUAAGGAUGAGAAUAAAGAGGAAAAUGCGUUGGGAAAAAAUGCGCCAAAUCGUCUACUUUUUCGAGUGUCAGGGGAAAAUAAUAUAGAUUUUCCCCUAUUUUUCGCUCUGUACUUCACGUGUCAAUAACCCACUCACUCAAUAAAGGGGAAGUAAAUGGGAACAGAGGAAAAUAACGGAGAAACGCUCCAAAAUGUCUGCUUUUUCUGCUGUCCGUGGAAAUAAUGCUGAUUUUCCCUUUUAUGUCGCUCUGUCUUUAAAUGUCGCUGAAUUGUCUACUUUUCACCUAAACUCACGACGGAUCGUCUGCUUUUCGCCUAAAUACUCACCGAGUUAAUUACUUUUUGCCCAGAUCUACGCCGAAUUGUCUACUUCACUUAAAUACUCACCGAACUGUCUACUUUUCACAUGAAUACGUGCCAAGUUGUCUGAUUUUCGCCCGAAUUAUCUACUGUCACUUCGGCGUUUGGCACACCUUCGCCUAACCCUAGAUGUUUCCUAUAUUUAUCUGUAUUUCCAUAGCAAGCCCCACGACAAAUGUAAUCAACGUUAAAAUGGUACAUGUUUAGGGAAAUUUAUUGAAGAAAACAUCAUAUUGCAUAAGAUUGUGAAUAGUUGACAUGCUAGAUCAUCGAUCGUCAUUGAUUUGAUUGAUAACUGUCCACAGGAAUUAUGAACUCAUUAGGUCUACAGACAUAUGUGGAAUUGUUCCAUUUUCCAUCAUUGGCUCAGUCGAAUGUUUUCAACCUAACUUUUCUGAAGUCUGAUGCUGCAAAACGAUCAAAAACUAGUCGAAAAACGUACGACAUACUGGUCGCAUUUUUCCGUCCAGUAAGCGAUCCACUAGCCAGCAAAUAUUCCUUUAGUAUACACCAUUUCGAUGUAGAAGACAAAAUUAUUCAGCCACUAACUAAAACCAUUGAUUUCGCCUAUUUACCAGGUGCCUCAGACAUAGUUUGCAUUAAUGCAUUACAUGACGAAAUAACUGACGAAUACUUCGUUGCUAUUGGCUUUGUAAAGGAAGGCGAAAAAGGAUACCUUAAUAUAUACAGAUCUAAGUCAGAAGAAAAGCUAUCGGGUAUGUUUUACACAGAAAUCAGUCAAUAAGUAUUCUGUUCAGAAAAUUGCUUGAGUUAUUCCAAGUUACCUUGUGUUCCUCUUCAUUUGACUCAUGCACACUGUCUCAUCAAAGAUGAACAUCAGUGGGCAUUCUUUUUGUCUUAUGGUGAACCUUUUAGCGAAACUUCCAGUCAACACAAGCCUUCCAAUCAACCACAAGUCAAAAUAUUUUCCAAACUUGUUGAUACUAAUGUUUUUGAACAAGUUGAAAUUGAUCAAGAUACAAAAAACUCUGAAUUAAAUCAGUCUCAAACCUGUCAUUCUAGUGCAGCUUAUGGUGAACUAUCAUUUAAUAUUGCUGUAGUACUUUUCCCAGAGCUAACAAAAUUGCCAACAACAUUAAUGUAAGUUUUAUUCAGUAAGAUAUCUUUAAAGUAAAUAGAAACUUAAUUUGUGUUUUUGUGUAAAUAGAUGUAUGAACUGAACGUAGGAUAUUCUUUCCUAAUAAAUUUUCAUCAGGCUCCUUAAUUAAAAAUUCAAAUUGAUGCUCGAAAGGGAUGAUCAACUUGAUUGGAUGAACUGCUUUUAAAAGUUACGGCCUAUAAAUUUAGGAUCACUAGUGGAGUGAAAUAGAAUUGGUAAUCUUCAGAUAUUUAGUGUGUAUUGUUAGAAUCACUAAGUUUAUAUAUCAAUGAAAUCAUAAGAUUGAUAAUCUGAAUAGAUAUAGAUAACAGGAGAUGAAAUAAUAAUGUGAUUUUAUUGUAUAGAUGGAAUUCGACUGGCAGUUAAAUCCAGGACGCUCGUUUCUUUAUAUUUAAGAUACGUCAAAUGGAUGUAUUUGCAUCCCAGUGUCUAUGACCGCGCUGGAAUUCAAACCCCAAACUCUGAACAUCAAACGUUCAGUGUGUCAUCCAUCUAGCUACUUAGUCUAGAUAACCACUCGUUCAACGGAUAUGAGUUUUAAUUUAAUCUGUAAAGGUUUUUGAAUUGUUUGGUUACUGGGACUUUCGACCCAAUUACGUUUCUUGUGAUUUGAUAUGAAUUAGGUAUCAGUAUUUAUAUCGGGUUUGUGGUAGUUGAAUUUUUUACUGGUUUAAAAGAACAGUAAUAAUGCUGAUAAUAUUUGAGCAAGGUAAAUUUAAGAUAAGUAGACACAAAGGAGGUCGGUCGUACAUAUUUAAAUUAGGUCAUUUUAUGAUUAGGAUAACUAUUGAUUUACUAGAUCUUGAGUUAAUUGAAAUGAGAAAGGGGUCUGGAUUCAUUUUUCUUUUACAUACAAAUCUCCGACUUUCAAAUUCAAAUAGUUAUUAUUUUCGUUGUCUGGAAGGCUUUAAGUCAAACAGAUUUUGGCAGACAAUUACCAAUGCGAUAUAAUACUGUAAACGAUUGACACAUUUGAAUUAUAUAAGAAGAAGUAGAACUAUUGAUCGUUUUCGUUGCACCUUUGCUUAGUCACUCUGAAGGUGUUUGUAAGUAUGAAGAACCAAGUUCUUAGAAUAUUAAGCGACAUAAAUGGUUUCAAAUUAGCCGUUAAAUUAAUAAAUACAAGAUAGGUGACUAGUUUAGUGAAUUUAUCUCUCAAUCUCGGUAUCACAAUCAGAUGUAUAGAAAACAGUAGUUGUAAUUUUCACACGUUAAACGUUCUUUAAAUUAUUUUACAUAGUUUCAGCACAAACAUUUCUACAUGUACAUCACUUCUAAAUAAGUAGGUGCAUUAAAUAGUAAUUUUUCGUUAAUCAUUUGAACUUCCUUGUUCUAUUUCCUUUGAUCCAAGUGUUUGUUUAUACUAUGAUCUAAUUUACAUUUAAUUUCUGUUUCAUUUAUUCUUAAUCAUAAAUAAAUUCUUGUUUUUAAUUGAGGCUUUCACAUUCCUUUUCACCACAGUUUCUUACAUAUGGAUUUUAAAAUUAUAAAUAAUAUACGGUUUUCAGCAUUCGGCUCACAAGAUGGGUGGUUUGGUUUAUUCGCUGUGGACAUGAAAUCUCGUAGAACUAUACGACAUUUCUAUUUAUCUCAUGAAUCACCAAUCACAUCCAUUAAAAUAUUUCAACAGUUUAGUGGGUUUGAUUCGGCUUCAGAAGAAGUGAUCAAAGAUAAUGAAAAUGUGUCUAUUCUCAAGAAAGAUGUUAACUGUUUAGUGUGUUCAGCUUUUGAACCAACUGUUGUUUAUUGGUAAGCAUGCAAAUUUCCAACAUCGUAUUUACAUAUAAGUUAUCAGAUAUGUCUUUAAGCUAAUAGUGUGUAUAUUCUUUGACUUUUACUCAGAUUAAUUUUUUAAAAGAAAGUGUUAACUUCACAUUCUAUGUAAUGUACAGAUUUAUCAGAACCAUCGGAAUGAAGCAUCUAAGGUAAAGUAUCUUGACUUCUUGAAAUAUUUAUGUACGAAUGUAUACAAAUAAUUAAUGUCUCUACAUUAAACGAUAAUUGGCGCAAGGUAAAGCUCACAUUAAUAAUGAUAAACUCGACAAUAACAGUGAACUUUCAGUACAGACAAGUGUAGAAAAGUUCCACUUCAAUAUGGUUAAACAGGUAAAAAAAAUGCGUCAACCAUUAAGAGAACAGCUAGUUUACGACUAACUAAUGAAAUAUAUGGAAAGGAGGUACAUGAUAUAAACUAUUUACGAACGAGUAGCGUAGUUAUAAUACAAAAUUUCACGAGGUUUGUUUGUUGGCUUACUCAUAUUUACAUUUGACUCAUUCCUCCAAUUGCUAACUUAUUUUUGGGUACUAACUUUUAUGAAAAUCUUACUUAGUAUUAGAAAAUAUUGAGGCGAAUUCAAACCCUAUUUCACCUGCUUCAUUUCGAACAGAUGGUUAGUUCCACUAACCAUCAAACACUCAUGAAGUCUCCUACACAUUUUUUCAGCUGUUAUCGGUAUUCAUCACUGAUAGGAUCGGACACUGACAUGGUGUCACAAUAGUAGCCUCUAUUAUUUCUUUUCCUACUUCUCUUUUUAUUCCCUAAUCUCAGUUUGUUUUCCUUUGCUGUUUGGAACUGAUCAACCAUUACAUAUCAAAUGAGAUCUGUGUGGCGCAUAUGUAUUUGGUGCCUCCUUGUACCAAUAUCUAUGUGUUAAAAUAAAUAAAAAAUGAAUAAAAAAACCAUUACAACACGUAUUUUACAUGUUCAUAAUAUCUAAAUACAUUGGGUGUGUGUGUGUGAUAAGGAUGACUUAUUGACUUCAAUUUUAACCUCUAUUUUUUAUAUCAUCAGGAGACCAAAAAACCAAGAGUAUGUGUGAUACCCUAGGUUGUUGUAGCAGGAGUCUGUGAUACCAUUGUUCUCCAGGAAAUUGUUAAGUUAAUUACUAAAACUAGUGACUAGGCGUAAGUCUAAUGAGAAGCAGUGACCAGUGGAGUUCAGCCGGAUGUGUUGUGACAGUAACUCACUAAUGAUAAUGGUGGGUGUGUCGCUCAGUUUCGUGGAGUGGUUGAAGUUAGACAUUAAUACCGUUGGAUGCCGGCUCAGUGGUCUAGUGGUUAGGCGCUCGCGAGACUGUUAGCUCCUGGGUUCAAAUCCUGUGAGGCGAGAUUGUGGAUGAGCACUACUGAGGAGUCCCACACUAGAACAAAACGACCGUUCAGUGCUUCCAGGUUUUCAAUGGUGGUAUAGCUUAAAUCGACUCAUGAUCUAAACUAUUAAAAUUACUAUGAUAUCCACAAAACCCCUUUGAAUGUUUUAUUUUUGCCUAGAAGAUCUUAUCUAUCGUACCAAUAAUGUGGUCAAACUUCAUUUUAAUGUUGUUCUCUAGUGAUCACGCGGUUAUUACUUAAUUUUGAGGUAAAUAGACUUCAUUAAUAAAAGAAAUUUCAAUGAUUCAUAUUACACAUUGUCCUGUGUCAUAUAGAGUAAUUAAUGUAUGAAUUUUAUUAUCAUUUCAGUAAUAUCUUCAAAAAUAAUGGCUUCAGUGUACAAAAUCAGUUAAUUUUACCAUUUAGCACAGAUUUUGAUCAUGUCAAUUGUGCUUCAGUCGAUGAUUUUAAUUUGGAUGGUAAAACGGAAAUUAUACUUGGAACAUUUGGACAACGAUUACUUUAUUAUGAAUGGGAGUUGAAUAAUACAGAUCCAAAAAAUGGACAAUUCAUACAAAUCAAUGCGAAACUAUAAUUUAUGGACGAACCAAUCAGAUAUAUGAUAACAGGUCUCAG